GGCUGUCUCGGUCAAGUCUGGCUCAGAGGCAGCGACGGGCGAGGGAGCGGGCCGAGUGCUGACGUGCAGCUGCGACUGGGGCAGCGCUGCGGCGCUGAGGGAAGGCGAGGGCGCCGCGAGAGCUCCCCGGAGGAGCAGAUCUCGCGAGAGCGGCCGGCUGGUGGUGGUGGCUGCUGCGGAGGGGGUUGGAUCGGCGGCGGCAGCAGGAGCAGUAGCGGCGGCGGGAGGCGGCGGAGGAGGGGGCGGCGGCGGCGGCGGCCGGGGGGCGCAGGCAGGCGGGUGUCGGGCGGCCCGGCAGAAUCAUGGCGGACAGAGACAGCGGCAGCGAGCAGGGUGGCGGCAGUGGCGGCAGCGGGGCGCCUGGCUCGGGCCCGGGCGGCGGCGGCGGCGGGCCCGGCGGUAGCGGCGGCGGCGGUGUGGGCCUCCAGCACGAGACGCAGGAGCUGGCCUCCAAGCGGGUGGACAUCCAGAACAAGCGCUUCUACUUGGACGUGAAGCAGAACGCCAAGGGCCGCUUCCUGAAGAUCGCCGAGGUGGGCGCCGGAGGCAGCAAGAGCCGGCUGACGCUCUCCAUGUCGGUGGCGGUGGAGUUCCGCGACUACCUGGGCGACUUCAUCGAGCACUACGCGCAGCUGGGCCCCAGCCAGCCGCCGGAACUGGCGCAGGCCGCGGACGAGCCCCGGCGGGCCUUGAAGAGCGAGUUCCUGGUGCGCGAGAACCGCAAGUACUACAUGGAUCUGAAGGAGAACCAGCGCGGGCGGUUCCUGCGCAUCCGGCAGACGGUCAACCGCGGCCCGGGCCUGGGCUCCACGCAGGGCCAGACCAUCGCCCUGCCCGCCCAGGGGUUGAUCGAGUUCCGCGACGCCCUGGCCAAACUCAUCGACGACUACGGCGUGGAGGAGGAGCCGGCCGAGCUGCCCGAGGGCACCUCCUUGACGGUGGACAACAAGCGCUUCUUCUUCGAUGUGGGCUCCAACAAGUACGGCGUCUUCAUGCGGGUGAGCGAGGUCAAGCCCACCUACCGCAAUUCCAUCACCGUCCCUUACAAAGUGUGGGCCAAGUUCGGGCACACCUUUUGCAAGUACUCGGACGAGAUGAAGAAGAUCCAGGAGAAGCAGAGGGACAAGCGGGCAGCAGCAGCCGCCGCAACCGCCUCCUCGUCCUCCUCGGGAGGAGCAGAGCAGCAGCCGGAGACCGAGAGCAGCAGCAGCACCGCUGCCACCACCGGCCCUCCAGGAGCCUUGCUGCAGGCCGAGGAGCCAGAGGAGGAUUGAUCUCCCUCCCUCCUUUCCUUCCUCCUCCCCACUUCCCUCCUCCCCACUUGGCUGCCUCCCUGCCCUGCUGCACAGAGACACUCGUAAUAAUAAUAACACACACCGAGAGAGACUUUAUACUGUAAGUGAGAGAAAGAGAGAAAGAACCGACACCCACACACCGAAAAUAAUACAUACAGUUAAAUAUACCUGUUGUUAUAACUCCAAGGGGAGCACCAACCACCCACCCACCACCAAACUGACAGCCGAGCAAGCAACUUCUUUCUCUCCACCCCAUCGCUGGAUUGUUCCUUCCACUCUUACCCAUCGUAUAAAACAGUAAGCAGCUGCUAAAAACAAAACAAACAAAAAAAUACAAAAAAAUUACAAAAAAAGUAAUAACAUUAUAUAUGAUGAACUGUGUUUCCUACUUGAUUAAAAAUAUAAAGAACUGAGUGUUUAUUUCCCUAAUUAACCAAGAACUUUUGUACACGUUUAAGCUAUUAUUAUUAUUAAGUGUUUGCAAAAAUGGUCAAGAUUAAAAUAUUGCUGAAUUAUAUUAAAAAAGAGAAAAAUGUCCUUUUCAUGUUGAGCUAACAUUUGACUUUAGCACAAAAAAGAGAUAUUUUAGAACACGUAAAAUAAUAUUUUUAGUUUUUUCUUCUCAUUUUGUUACCAAAUUUCAAAACCUUACAUGGAGGUUAUUAUAGUAUAUUUGACACCCUAUAUACCUGUGAUUAGAGAUGUGUAUAUAUAUAUGAGGGCUAGGCAUGCUGUGUGUCUGAGCUUUGUCUAAAUGUUAUGCAGAAGUCUGUAGAGUUAAAAGGUACGUAGGUUAAUUCAUGCAAGGUAAACAAUAAGUGCUCUCUUUUAUACAAUAUGCAUUGCAUCUGGACCUUAAACAUAUAAAAUGGUCAGUGAAACUUCUGUGAACAUGAAGAAAAAUUAUUAAAAAGGCAUUUAAAUGAAAUUUGCUAACUUGUGAUUUUUACGGUUUGAACCAAAGUUAUUCAAAUAGUAAAAAGAGAGAGAAAGAAAAUGAUCUCCCAUAUUUUUCUGCACCUGUUUGGUUUACAGCUAAGUAGGUAUAUUGUCAUUGUGUAUCAGAUGUACUUGUAUUGUUCAUAAUAUAUUUUUUUUAUGAUGUGUACUUAAAGUACUUAAUGUGCAGCAAUUUCCAGUAAACCUGUUUUUGAAUAACAGGUGUUGAGGGUUUUUUGUGUAUGGCCACUAGCACUAUCCCCUUAACUUGUUUUAAGUCUGAACCGAAACUCCAGAUUGUGCUAGUGCUAACUAACUUGCUUAGGCCUGUCAUAGAAGUUAGUGCGACAUGAUUAUAGAGUAAUCCUACUGAGCCAUGGAUUUUGAGUUUCCUUUAAAAGUGAAAGCCAAGUUGGUGUGUUGUAAAGAAAUUUCCAUGUAGCUGUGGUGCUAGUUAUUACUGGCUACAUACUUUAUAAAUGUAGUAGUAACCCCCAAAUGUGCAAGCUUUCAGUUCAAAGUAUGUACUUUGUGUGGUAUAUUAAAACUGUAGGGUAUGAAAACAGUCUAUUAGAACACUGACCUGUCAAGUGGUGUUCUCCAAAUUGCAAUUAUUUGUAAUAAUAUAAUUUUAGAGGUUUUUCUUUAAAAAUGUUUGUGUGCUUUUAAUUGACUAACUUGCUGCUGUAUAGUAAAAAAUAUUAAUAUAUUUUUAUCAUUAAACUGCUGCAUGACUAUCAUCAUUGCAAGUGAAAAGAAUAUGUUAUAAAUGAUGCCUUAAAACAGUAGAAAAUCUAGUUGGGAUUUUGUAGGAAGAGUUGACAAAAUAAGAAUCUGUCUGACUCUCAGUUUUUGGAGUGUACUCGCUUAACAUCCUUGACAAAUUUUAACAAUGUAGAUUUAACUGCUGUAUGUAGAAGAUGCCACCUGUAGGAACAUAAAUUUUCUAUGCUUCUCAUUGAUUGUAAGAGGUUGGGCCUAGGAAGGACAAAGAGAUUGUUUAAAGGAAAUGUAUUUUCUUUUUUUCAUUAAAGUAUAAUUCCCGUUUUUGGAGAUGUACUGUAAGUGUCAAUAUAAUACCUGUUUCCGUUGUAUCAUCCAUUUCCAGUUAAACAUGUUUGCUACUGGUGUCUGUAGAACACCAAAUGUGCAAUAAUGUUAGUGGUUAGGAAUUGUUGUUUUAACAAUCACUGGAAUUACAUUAUUUUCUAAGGUGCACUUUUCCACAUAGCAAAAAUAAGCUUCCAUACUGCAUAAUGUGAUAACUGACAUGGUUCUUGACUGCAUGUAAACAUUGACUAGUAAGCUUGCUUUGUUUUCAUUGGAAGUUUUGUUGAGCAGUUUCAUAUUGUAUUUGAACUGUGAUGUGGAAAGGGCUGCAUUUUCCAUGCUACAGGUAGUUAGGAAAGUUAAAUUGCUUUUAUUCUGCUAUUUGGUUGUCUUGGUUCUACCUUUCACUGUUGUUUUAAAAGUUGCAGUACUGCAUAUUGGCACACAUUGUUCAUUCAGUUUUGUUUUUAGCAAUAACUUGUGUGGCUCCGUGAGAAUGCAGCAAGGUGUCUUUUUGUUCCUUUUGCAUCAGUGCAAGCUUUGUUAAAGAGCAAAAUCCGUAUUUCAUUUUAGACUAGAGACAAACUAGUUUUAAAGAGAGCUGAAAGUGGUUUGAGAGUGGCUUUGUUUCCUAUGGUGUAAAAACACAAACCAUUUUUCCAACAGUUGCCUCUGGUCCAUCACCUAGUUCUACAGGUUUGUUAAACAAUAUAAGCACCUUUUUUAAUCAGAUGCGAAAUUUGGCUGACUGUACAUACUACACACAGUGACUCCUCUUUUAAACCACAUUGAACUCUCUGAAAAACCUAUUGUCUGAUUCCAGCCAACAUUGAGAGUAGUCCAGAGUAUCAGCAAUUUUGCUUCUUUGCUUUUCCCAAGAAUCAAAAUUUAUGAAUGGAACUCUUCUUGACUCAUUCAUCUAAGAAAUCUUAUCUUUGAUCCUGAUUGGGUCAAGAAGGUUUGUGGGUUGUAUAGUUCUGUUUAAUUCUGUUUGUGUCAUCACAUCUUACCACAGUUUUAGCAAAGUUCUUUGUCCUGAAUCUGAGAAUACUUUGAUUUAUAGGUAGUUUAGGACUUGAUCAAUGCUAAUGAUACAAUGUUACAUUGAUUAUAAAUGACCUUGUUUUGAGUUUCACUUUUUCCAGUUGAGGUGCUCGGUACUUUACCAAGGUUCUAAAGCUUAGUGUUUAAAAUGAGCAACAGUGGGGAAACCUUGCUUAAGGCCAGAAGAAUAAAAAUAAUGGUAUAUUUGACCAUAUUUGGUGUUCUAAAAAACAGUAUGUUCAAAUGUGCCAAGUAAUCCACCUUUUGGAAAACAUGCCUUAUUUUCCUUAAUAUGCUUUUCAGUGUCUUGUAGAAAAGAUCCAAGGUCAUAAUGCUACUUUAUAUGAAGUGCAAGAAAACUUGAAAUCCACUGCAAUACAUACAUAGUGUGUGUGUGUUUUUGUGUUUUUGUUUUUUUGUUUUAAGCUAAAGGGACACUGUCAAGUAACUUACAUUUCAAACACGACUUCCCUUUUGGGUGAUUACAGCAUGGCAAACAAUGUCCUCAUUUUAAGUCCACUUGUUUUUUUUUAAAUUGCUCUGUCUGAGAAAUUAAAUAAACAAUUAAAAAUUA